UCGAUGGAUAAACCCCUCGAAUCGCCGACCCACCCUCGCUUUGCAGAGCGGAGGGGAUAAGCCGGCGAUGGCUUCUCAUUAUCCGAUUUCGCCCGCUGCCUCCCGCUUCUCGAGUCCCUCUCCUCUUUUCGUUCCUUCGUUCCGCUCGCUAAGAACCAAUCUCUGGUGCCAACGAUUUAAAAAUCGCCUCUCUGUUUCCGUUCCGCUCGAGAACGCCCGUUUCAGAGUUCGGAGCUUGGAAUCGAACACCUCUCUUGGCGGUGAUGGUGAAGCAGCCGCUGAGGAAUCAGCAGUGACGCAAGAGGAUCUGGAGUCACAGCGGCUUUUCGAGAAGUUGAAGGGUUUGGAGCAGCAUCGUAUUGAUAAAUUGGAAAAGUUUGAGAAUAAAGCAAAUCUGCAAUUGGAGAGGCAGCUUGUCAUGGCUUCCUGCUGGAGUAGAGCAUUGCUGACUUUUCAGGGAAAAUUGAAGGGAACUGAAUGGGAUCCAGAGAACUCUCAUAGAAUUGAUUUUAGUGAAUUCUGGAAUCUACUCAAUUCGAACAAUGUCCAGUUCAUGGAGUACUCAAAUUUUGGCCAGACCAUCUCCGUAAUCUUGCCAUAUUACAGAGAUGGAAGGAGAGGGGAAAGAAAGGAAAACUCAAAUAGAGAAAUUGUGUAUCGCCGCCAUAUUGUUGACCAAAUGCCAGUUGAUGGGUGGAAUGAUGUUUGGAGUAAAUUGCACCAGCAACUUGUAAACGUUGAUGUUAUAAAUGUGGAUUCUGUAUCUGCUGAGGUCUAUGGUACCAUUGCAACUGCUGUUGUGUGGUCUAUGCGUUUGGCUCUUUCAAUUGCUAUUUACCUAUGGGUUGAUAGUGUGAUGAGACCAAUUUACGCCAAGUUAAUUCCAUGUGACUUGGGUCCACCUAUGAAGAAAGUAAGGAAGCCCCUUAAGAGUGAUACGCUAGGAUCUUUGGGCAAAAGUCGUGCAAAAUUCAUAUCUGCAGAAGAGACUACAGGUGUCACAUUUGAUGAUUUUGCGGGCCAGGAGUAUAUAAAGCUGGAAUUGCAAGAAAUUGUCCGAAUCCUCAAAAAUGAUAAAGAAUUUCAAGAUAAGGGUAUCUAUUGUCCUAAAGGUGUGCUUCUUCAUGGACCACCUGGAACAGGAAAAACACUGCUGGCUAAAGCUAUUGCAGGUGAAGCAGGACUUCCCUUCUUUGCAGCAAAUGGCACUGAUUUUGUUGAGAUGUUUGUAGGUGUUGCUGCAGCUCGUGUAAAAGAUCUAUUUUCUAGUGCUAGAUCAUAUGCUCCAUCAAUAAUAUUUAUUGAUGAGAUUGACGCAAUUGGCAGUAAACGUGGUGGGCCGGAUAUUGGUGGGGGUGGUGCUGAGAGGGAGCAGGGUUUGCUUCAGAUUUUGACUGAGAUGGAUGGAUUUAAGGAAUCGACAUCACAGAUUUUAGUUAUAGGUGCAACCAAUCGCUUGGAUAUCUUGGAUCCAGCCCUUCUGAGAAAGGGUCGCUUUGACAAGAUUAUAAGGGUUGGCUUGCCUACUAAAGACGGACGACUGGCCAUAUUGCAGGUGCAUGCUAGAAAUAAAUAUUUCAGAUCAGAAAUGGAAAAAAAUGUUCUCCUACAGGAAGUUGCUGAACUUACAGAAGAUUUUACUGGAGCAGAGUUGCAAAAUAUACUGAAUGAAGCUGGAAUUUUAACUGCAAGAAAAGAUCAAGACUACAUUGGAAGAGAAGAGCUAUUGGAGGCUUUAGAGAGGCAAAAAGGUACCUUUCAGACGGGUCAAGAAGACAGUGAGGAAAUGCCGGAGGAAUUAAAGCUUCGGUUAGCAUAUAGAGAAGCAGCUGUUGCUGUUCUUGCAUGUUUUUAUCCAGAUUCUCACUGUCCAUUUGUAGAGACUGAUAUCCGUUCCAUUCGUAGUAAGCCAAAUAUGCGUUACACUAAGGUUUCAGGAAAACCUUUCUUGAGGAAAUCUGAUUAUGUAAACUCUAUUGUGCGAGCUUGUGCACCUAGAGUUAUUGAAGAGGAGAUAUUUGGAAUAGAUAAUUUGUGCUGGAUUUCUGCAAAGGCUACUUCUGAAGCAUCGACUAGUGCAGAGCGUUUAAUUCUCCAAACAGGGAUGACUGCAUUUGGAAAAGCGUAUUACAGAAACCAAAGUGAUCUUGUGCUUCAUCUUGCAGCAAAACUGGAGGCGCUCAGGCAUGAAUACAUGCGUUUUUCUGUUGAGAAGUGCUCAUCUGUUCUGAGAGAAUAUCGUUCGGCAGUUGAGACAAUUACAGAUGUUUUGCUUGAGAAAGGAGAGAUCAAGGCGAAGGAGAUAUGGGACAUUUAUCGAAAAGCACCACGGAUUCCUCAACCUCCUGUUCAUCCAGUUGAUGAGUAUGGAGCACUUAUUUAUGCUGGAAGAUGGGGAAAUCAUGGUGUCUCUCUUCCGGGGAGGGUUACCUUUGCACCAGGAUAUGUUGGGUUUUCCACAUUUGGUGCACCCAGGCCUUUGGAGACACAAAUCAUCAGUGACCAAGCAUGGAAGUUGAUUGAUGACAUUUGGGAUAACAAAAUAAAGGACAUCAAGAAUGAAGUCUCUAGGCAGAUUGAAGAAGACACAGAAAGACCACAGCUUUUGCUGGCUGACCACUUCCUUUGAGACUAAAUACACUUUAUCCUUAUAUGAUUCCCGUCCCCCCUUUUAAACAUCUGACGAAUCACACACACGUCCGUGGCAGGUGUCCAGGUGAAGCAGUUUUGCUCAUGAUAAGUUCGCACUUUUGCUCUAAACUCCGGCCAGGCUCGGAUGUGUGCGGUUGUGUUGCAUAAAUUCUAAAUGAAGAGUGCAUUCAUGGAGGUUUCUGGCUGUGUCAUCUACCUUAUGUUGCUCUCUACAAACAAGUGCAUGUUUGCUCCAGUGAGUCAGGAUUUAUAUGCCAAACAUCUGACAAAAGUGAGAUAUGUUGUUCCAGUCCUCACUACCUUAUUCUGUUCUUCACAAACGAGGGCAUGUUUGGUCCAGUGGGUCAGGAUUUAUAUGCUAAACAUAUGAGAAAAAGCGAGAUAUGUCGUUCCAUCAUCACCAUUUAUCGAACAAUACAUUAUAUUUUGUGGAACAGUCAGGAAAAAGUGCCCGAGGUCUCAUGUUCUUGUAUCGAAAUGUCACUGACUGAUCUGUUAGCUUUGUAAACAUCAUUACAGAAAUCACGUUUGGCAUUUAACUCGUGAUCCAAGUUUUAUUGAUUCGGAACA